AUGUGGCGUGAUCGUACCAAUCUCUACAUCUCCUACCGCCAAUCGUUCGCGCACCACCCGACCAAGAAGCCACGCUACUUCGGCCCAUCCCAAGGCUUCACCGACUCCCCCUCCCUAUCCGAAGAGCGAAGAGGCCUCAUCGCCGGCGCUGACGGCCUCGAAGAUGAUGGCGAUGCAAUCAUUGAAAUGGACUUGUUGCCCCCUCGAUGGGUAGACGUACAGGAAGAAGUGUCGGAGGUGCUAGCCGAUAUCGCACAGAAGUCCGCACGAUUGGAUAAAUUACAUCAGAAGCAUAUCCUUCCCAGCUUUGGGGAUGAGGGUGUGCGAAAGGAAGAAGAGGCUAUUAUUGAGCAGUACACCCAAGAAAUUACGAGGAGCUUUCAUGCUUGUCAGAAUGCGAUCCAGAGGAUCGAUGGCUUGGUGCGAGAGCAGAAACAGCUUGGUGCCGUGACCAAGGGGGAUGAGACGAUGGCGAAAAAUAUUCAGAUCUCGCUUGCGGCGAGGGUGCAGGAGGCUAGUGCGCGGUUUAGGAAGAAGCAGUCCACAUAUUUAAGAAAACUACGUGAGCUAGAAGGCAUGGCCUCCCCCUUCGAACGAGUCUCAACGCCCAUCCAGUCCCAAUACUCCGACCCCUCCCUCAUGGAAUCUGACGCCGACAAGUCCUUCUCCCAGACCACACUCCAACAAACAUCCCAAAAACAGCAGCAACAACUCGUCGUCAGCGGCGCAAAUGACGUCGCAAUCGCCCAGCGCGAGCGUGAAAUCAAUGAUAUCGCAAAGGGCAUCAUUGAGUUGUCGGAUAUAUUCCGGGAAUUACAAACCAUGAUCAUCGAUCAGGGGACUAUGCUGGAUCGGAUAGAUUAUAAUGUUGAGCGCAUGGCGACGGAUGUUAAACAGGCUGAUACGGAGCUUAAAGUGGCAAGUAAUUACCAACGCAAAACAACAAAACGCAAAAUCAUCCUACUCCUAAUUCUGGUAAUGAUCGGGAUGAUUGUUCUUCUCGCUUUGAAACCGAAACGACAUAGUAAUACUAAUAGCGACACAACGACACCACCCCCUCAAGAGGAUAUUGUUAACGGCCAACAAAAACCGCCACGAUUAAUGCGUAGGAUAUCUCGGUCUUGGGAUGGCGGUGAUAGUAUUGGCAUCAGGCAUCGAAGGAAUACUCGCCAUGCUUAUUGGCAGGGGGAUACUAAUAGUUAUCACGACCUUGACUCAUUUUUGUCUAGGUUGUUAAAUUAG